AUGAGCGGAUCAGAAUCAUAUCAAAAUGCUGCUGCAUCAUCUGAUGAAUAUAAAAAAGCGAUUUCUUAUCAUCAGUUAGGAUUGGACUAUUGCAAUCAAGGUGAUUAUGAAAAUGCUAUUCGGUAUUAUGAACAAGGACUUGAAAUCUUGCAAAAAGUUCUUCCUUCAAAUCAUCCUGAUCUGGCUACUUCAUACAACAACAUCGGUUUAGUGUA